AUAAUAUAAAGUAGUACUAAACAAGAGGAAACAUAUUUUAGCAUAAAAUAUUUGAUUUAGGCUGAUUGUUCAGGAAGAAAUAUUUUGAAAAUUAAACCUGUGUGAUGAGCAAACGACUUCUUGCCAGAGGAAGAUAUCCAAAAGCACCUAACCAGGCACCCAGUACAAGUGCUUCCCAGUGGUCUAGUCCAAGUGUGUCGGGUUUAACUGAUAUGAAUAGUUCUGCAGAUUCUAGUGGCAUUCAGUUCUACAAUCCGCAAGCCCUUGGCAGACAAGUGAAUCCAGGAGGGUCAACUUAUCAGUCUAGUUCAGUUGAUCCUUGGAAUUGGGAACCAGAAGGUGGUCAGCAGCAAGAUAAUGUGUCUGGUUACGAAGCUAACCCUACUCCACCAAAUCAAUAUUCUUGGAACUAUAGAAGAGACUACGUGGCUGAGAAUUCAUCCCAUCCAUAUCCUCUACAUUCUCAACAAUCACCACCCCAAUAUAUGUUAGAUGCCCCACAGUCACCUACACAACAUAUGUCAGAUGCCCCACAGUCACCUCCACAACAUAUGUUAGAUGCCCCACAGUCGCCACCACGACAUAUGUUAGAUUCCCAACCGUUGCCACCACAACAUAUGUUAGAUUCCCAACAAUUACAUAAGCAUUCAGUAGAUUCAGAGCAAGUCAAAUCUAGCAUAGCAGAUUCUCAGCAAUUGCAGCAUCACACGUAUUCCCACCAUGUGUCUCAACAAUAUACUAUAGAUUCAGGACAAAUGCCACACCUUUAUUCAAUAGCUCCACAACAGAUGUCUCAGCAACAACAGGUUGACCUACAACAGAAGACUCAACAAUACCAAGUUAAUUCCCAAGAGAUGUCUCAUUACUACUUAGAUAAUUCCCAGCAAUUGUCUCAACAGUAUUCAACAGAUCCUCAACAAAUAUUACAACAACAACAUCAAAUUGAUUCCUACCCAUUGUCACCAGGACAUAGAGCAGAUUCUCAACAUUAUUAUGGGUAUGAUCCAGGUCAAAUUUCUCAACAUAAUGUGAUGUAUUCUCAGUUAGUUCCUCAACAACCUGUGGGUGACUCUCCAAACAUUCCAAUGACACAGUUUGCAGACAGCAGUCACCUAGAAAACAGUACUUUAAAUACUAACCCAAGCUGGAACAGCGGUGGUUAUACUGUGCCAAAUCCAUAUAGCUGGCAAGAGGGUGAGUGGCAUGACCAGUCAAGUCAGUCUUACUCAAACAUGCCGUCAUCAGAUGAUCAAAACAGCCAUCUAAAACAAGUACAACAAGGAUGGCAUGAAAGUCUAGGGAUUCAAGGCGAUUCCAGAUCAGAUCAGCAGCACUACUGUGCAUCAGUGACACCCAAGUUACCAGUUGACCUUCAUGUAGAACAAAAAGAUCUUGAUGCUUGUGAUGAAGGCAUGAGUAAAUUCUUCAAUAGUGACAUUCAGGAUAGAGUAGAAACUGUACCUCCUCCUUCUCAAAGCAUUGGGGAGAUUUAUAAAUUUCAAGCCUCUGACCAAGCAGCCAUGACAGAAGUGACUCAUUCUACUGCUGAAGAUACAAGUGUUGAGGAAGUUGACCAGCGUAUGGUACACAACCUUCAGAACAUUGGAAAAUUAGACUACCUCACAAACACUUGUCCAGAAGGAAGUGAAAUGAUUGAUUUUGAUAAACAAAACUUUGUAAUACAGGAAGGUCAAUCUGGAAAAGGGAAAGAAAUAGAUCCAGAGAGUGUGGAAGACUUAAGUGUUAGCAUUCAAAAAAUCAACUUAUCAGAUGAGCCAGUAAACAAAGAAAUACCAGAACCACAUGAAUCUACCCUAAAGCAUCAAGAUCAGUCAGCAGAUGAAGAACAGAACUUUGGACAUGUUCUUGAGAACACAUCAGGGUCUUUCCUUUCUUCUGGAUCAAUAAUACCAAUUGAUACAGCUGUAAAAAGUCAACUGCAAGAUGGACUAUCUCCACUGCAAGGUCAACAGUUUGAGCAAGAAGAGAUGGAAAUGCCAAACCAGCAGAAUCCUCAAGACAUCUUUGGUCAACUUCCUUCUAUAAAUACUGGCAUACCAUAUUCCCAUCCCAGUCAAGGUGGGGUUCCUGUUGUUAUCAAACCUCGAGAAGGAAGUCCUUUUAAACCUCCAACUAAACAACCAAAAGGUAUUGUGCAGCAAGAAGUCUUGCACCACUGUCUUUCUGUCUCUUCCUCUCACCACCAUGAUGGGAUAAUGCUGGAACCUGAUAACCUAGAGAAGCCACCAGAUGCAAGUCAGGUUCAUAACAUACAUAGACAUAGAUAUCAUUUGCCUCGAAACACGUUUGGUGGUUCUCCAAGUACUACUUUAUGGGAUAGUCCAGAAUUACCUAGUGUCCAUUUAGUUCCAGCUGUUUUACCUGUCAGUGCUGGUCAGCUUGAGACAACAGAAAUGAACCCAUGCAUAGGAACCAGUGAGAACUCAUCCAGUCCUGCUCCACGUCAAAGUCCAUUAGGAGAAGAUUCAGAUGCAGGGAGGAAAAAUCAAACAAUUCAGCAGGUCACAAGAAGUGAAACUGAAGAAGAAGACGUUUUGUCAUCUCUACAAAAAAUAGAUAGCCCAGCACCACCCCCUGCUGCUGCUGUUCACCUUCUUCAGAGAAUGUCCCCUGCAGGUGCUGGUUUACCUCAGGUUAUGCCUAAGCUUUCACCAAAUACUGAAGAUGAAAACACAAAGAGAGACAAAAACUACCAGAAAGGUACACUACAUUCCCACCUGCCUGAAGAUCACCAAGAUUUGCAAUGUGGCUCAGGAAUGGACAUUAUAGGAACAGAUAGUAGACCAGUUAGCACCCACUGUGGUCUUACAUCCUCCGCAGAUAUCCGACAGUCUGAACAAGAAGACUGGCUUAUGUCAAACAGAGUUGUCAACAGUCGAUGGCAGGUCAAUAAAAUAUCAAAUGAAAGAGGAGAGGCAGGAGUGCGACCUGAGGUUGUAGGUGACAACCAGAAAAGAAGUGGAGAAGACAAGGAUUGUAGUUGGCCAAUGGAUGAUUUUUCAGGUGAAAUUGAUCAUUCUGUAGUCCGACCUGAGGUUGUAGGAAAUAACCAGUCAGGAGGUGACAGUUUUGGCAGAGAAAGAAAACCAGAAGAAGUUAAAAAUAGUCAGUGGGAGUUGGAUGAGUUGUCAGCAGUUGGGGAGCACUCAGCUGCAAGACCAGAUGGUUUGCGUAACAGCCACAUAAGAGCUAGGAACGCUCACAGAAAUAGAUCAGAGGACACGAGAACCAAUCAGUGGGUGCCUGAAAAUUUGGUAGGUGUUGAGAAACAGGAAGCUGUUCGUCCUGAAGUGUUAGGAACUAGUCAGAUAAGAAGAGAAAAUAGAAAGCUAGCAGGAGACAAAAAGUAUGGAGAUAGUCAAUAUAUUAGUGGGCAGGUUGAAACAGAUAUUUCUGGAAGAAGGUUCCCUGAGGACCAGCACUAUGAUGGUGGGUCUAAAUCUUCGUCUCCUAAAAGGCCUUUAUCAAGAAGUGGAGAUCCUCGAGGACAGAAUCGGCUUGAAGCUGAGCAUCACAGAUUGGAGUCCAGUUGUGAUCGGCAUGUUGACCGUAAAGAUUUUGUAGAAAGAAAACGAGAUUUUGAUGAUCGAAGAUAUCGAGAAUAUGAUGAUCGAGGCUAUUACUAUGGUGAUAGAGAUAGGUCUAGACCUUCUAGUCGUGUUUCUCAUGCAGAAUCUCUGGAUGGGCGAGAUCGUUAUCGUGGCGAUCGAGAUUCAAGGUUUCCUUAUUAUUCAGAUUACAAUAGACCUUUAUCUCGUGCCGAAACAGAGAGGCCACGCUACAGUGAUUCACCAGCAGAUUACGGACGGCAUGAUAGGAAUGGCUACUACAGUAGAGUUCGAGAGCAGAGAGGAAGUGACUAUGAUUAUUAUCAGAGAGAUCCAUAUUACUCCUACUAUGACCCCUACAGAUAUGCAUACAGCAGUUACAACUAUGGUUUCUAUGAUGAACUAUACCGAACAGACCCUCUAUACAGACAACAGAUGGCAGAUCGCUACAGGCAGUAUUACGCUCAAUUGGGUUAUGAUACAUCAGAGUUUGAUAGAUUAAGUGUUCAUUCAGGUCGGAGUUCAGUUAAUGAAGAACUUAGAAAAGAUUCUCAAAGGGACCUAAGUCGAACCUCUCUUUCUGGGCUGGACUAUUCCAGUUAUAGCCAGCUGCAUGAGUUUGAUGCUUCAUACACAAGUAAAUAUGCAGAAUCAUCUAGAGUACAGGAAACAUCAACUGUCGCUACGCCACCACGCUUGACUCCUGCAAAGUUUUCUACUCCUCAUCUCGUUAGUCGAUUCACUCCUGGAGGAUAUUUACUGAAGGUUUCUGGGUCAAGUCAGACUUCUUCUGUGGAGAUACAUGAUGUCCAGAAUCUGAUAUUAUCUGGGGAUUACGAAGAACUACGGGUCUUUCCAGGUCCUUUAGUUAGGGGCAGAACUCAUAAGAAUGAUGUUAUCCACUUUUGCCAGAGAAAGAUUGAUCACUUUAAAAGUAUACAAGGCUUGGCUGAUCGUGAAUCUUUUAUCCUUUUGUGGGAACUUCUUGUCCUAAUUCUACGGCAAAAUGGGAGCAUUGUAGGAAGUGACAUAGCUGAACUGCUAUUAGCAAACCAUGAAAUACUGAAAUCUAAACAGACAAUGGAACAAAGUACAAACUUUAGUCCACAAGAAGAACUUAGUCCAGAAAUUCGAGGAACAGCAGAAACUUCUCCGGAUGAAGGAAUCGUUGUUGCUCAAGACCGAACAUUGCUGAACUCAUCUAGAACAUUGGUUGUCGAAGAUGUAACAAGAAAGUUUCGAGAAUUUUUGCUCUUUGGAAACAAAAAGGACUCAUUGGAAUGGGCUAUGAAGCAUGGUCUCUGGGGUCAUGCUUUGUUUUUAGCCUCCAAAAUGGAUAGCAGAACCUAUGGCACUGUGAUGACAAGGUUUGCAAAUUCUCUCACUUUGAAUGACCCUUUACAAACAUUGUAUCAACUUAUGUCUGGACGGCAACCUGCAGCUGUUACUUGUGUUGCAGAGGAAAGAUGGGGAGAUUGGAGACCUCAUCUUGCCAUGAUUCUGUCCAACCCAUCACAACGUCCUGACUUGGACCAGAGGAGUAUCACCACUCUUGGAGAUACUUUAGGGAGUCAAGGUUGUCUUGCUGCUGCUCAUUUCUGUUAUUUGAUGGCCCAAACUGACUUUGGCAUUUUUUCUCAGAAGUCUAGUAAACUGAUUCUACUUGGAGCUAACCACAUGCUGUCGUUCAGCGAGUUUGCUUCUAAUGAAGCCAUACAGUGUACAGAGAUCUUUGAAUAUGGCAUGUCACUAGGGACACAAGGCUAUGUACUACCACACCUACAGGCCUACAAGUUUCUCUAUGCUACCUGUUUGGUGGACUCUGGACUUUUGGAGGAGGCCUUACACUACUGUGAAGUUAUAAGUGAGACUGUUAUAAAAAUGCCUCAGAUGUAUUCAUCCACACUGGUUUCCCAAGUCUAUGAGCUUGCCAGCAAGCUGAAAUAUCAUGAUCCACAUUAUACCCAAGAACAAGGAGAAUUUGAAGAGUUGAAUGAUCCUUUGUGGCUGAUAAACUUGGCUAACUUACACCAAGCUUUUAUGAGUACUACAGUAUUACCCAACUAUUCACUAGCCAGUACAACAGAUGAUAUGAUAGAAGCUCCACCUGUUGGUGAUGUUACUGAUAGCACAAGUAUUUACAGUGGAGCUGUGAGUCAAGAAGGUUACCAAAACUAUGCACCUGAGGAGCAAAGUUCUAUGCACGUUACGAACUAUGAUACACUGGAGCACUCAAUGUCCUACAACCCUGGUCAAUUUUCCUCAAACCAAUGGUCCCAAAGCGCAGUCCCAGAGCAACAAGAUACUAACAAGUACCGGGUGACCGAUUCUGUGGUUACAGAUUCUGCAGCUCAAGAAACUACUCCAGUGUUAUCUACAGGGAUGGGAACUUUUGACUACUAUGGUGCAAGCACGCAACAGGAGAGGAGAUCUUGUUCGCCUCCUCAGGUAAACUCAAAUCUUUUAUUCUUCGAGGAACACCAUCAGUGUCUAUGUAAAUCAUCCAUUGAUUGUAAACAAAAUUGGCUAAAUGUCCAGGAACAGUUUUUAGUGGAAUCUUCCAAUGAUCAUGAACAGUCUAUACCUAAUUCAUCCUGUAAUCAGGAUAAGAUUUUACCAGAAUCUUCCAGUGAUCAAGAACAUGUCUUUCCUAACUCUUCCUGUGAUCAGUAUCAGAGUUUACAGGAAUCUUGUAGCGAACGUGAACAAACCAUACCUAAUUCUUCUUGUAAUCAGGAUCAGAUUUUACCAGAAUCUUCCAGUGAUCAUGAACAUGUCUUUCCUAAGUAUUCCUGUGUUCAGUAUCAGAGUUUACGGGAAUCUUCCAGUGAACGUGAACAGUCGAUACCUAAUUCUUCCUGUAAUGAGGAACAGAUUUUAUGUAAAUCAUUUGCUGCAGAAGAACUAGUUUUACAUAAAUCUUUAAAAGAUCAAGAAGCAACAUCUAACAAGCACAUUUUAUCAACACAUUCAACCAGUGAGGAAGAGAGAUUGUUUUUGUACUUUAAUGGUCAGCAAAAUAUUGUGCUCAAAUCCUCUCAUGAUCAAGAUCAUUGUUUGGCUGAGUCUUCUGUGAACCAAGGUCACACCUUAUCAAAGACUUCAAAUCACAAAAUUCAGUUGUCAUCUAAUAAUCAAAAACCAAAAAUACAUAAUUUCUCCUCUGAUCAGAAUCAGUCCUUCCCAAGUUCCAGGAAACAAAGUCAGCUAUUACCAUUGUGUUCUACAAAUUGCAGAGAAGCUAUAGAUAAAUGUUCCAAUGAUAAAGAGCAGGGUUGUACAAGUACCUCUCAAGAUAGAAAUAUUAAUUAUCCACACCUUACUGAUCUGAAGCAGGACUUACCUGAAUACAUCAAUGAUAAGAAGCUGGAAUUGCCUGAAUUUUUUAUUGAUGAGGAUCAAGAUUUAUCUGAUUACCUCAAGAAACAAAAUCUGAACAGAUGCAUAACUUAUAAUGAACUAAAAGGUGGUUUACCUAAAGCAAUCAGUCAUAAAGAACUUAAGUAUUCAAGUGAUCAGGAGUCUUUAUUACCAGACUCUUACAGGGACAUGGAUCCUUUACUUCCAAAAAGUGAUUCUGAAAGCUGUGAGGGAGGAUCAUCCACUACCACCCAGAGCACUCCUCAUCAUGGUCCAUCAGGCAAGGCAAACAUUGAAGAGAUGCAAUCUUUACUGCAAAAGGAUACUAAGCCUAGGCUAUUGAAUUCAUGUUUGAAAUCAGAUAAGAAAAACUGUCAUGAGCAAAGCAAGAAAAAAAUUCAGUUUGAUAUGAGUACCUCUAAAGGACAGAAAAAAAAAGGCACAGAUGUUGGUAGAAUAAAGCGGUUUGUUUUGUACAGACAGAGAUUACUAGCAAGGAAAGGGUUAGUCAAGGACAUUACAGACAGUAGUUCUGACUGUAGUCCAGAAAAGAGCCAUUUGGCCUGUUCAUCCAACUCUCAGUCGUUUAUGAGAGAUUGUUUAAGUGAUAUUAACUCUGGAAGUACCAGUCAGGUUAGUGACAAAGACUCCGGAAAGGUACAGAAGAUUGGAAUUAAAAUGUUUCGAUUUGGUUGCAGAAGGAAAAAGAAGAAAAAAAAUAAAACUGUUAUUGAAAAAAUUGAGACAUCUAAAACGUUUGCCAUUGACAAACCUGUAGAACUUCAGCAUUUGUCAGGGAGUGAAAAACUUACUUUUAAACGAAAAGAAUUGUUAAAUAACCAUCAAACUAAGGAUUCUGGAAAUCUGUUUAAAACAUCAUUCUCUAAGCGCUUGACAGCCACAGUAAACUCUUGCCAACAGCCUUCCUACACAGAGUUGCAUUUAGCUAUUGCUUCCUUAUUAAAGAAACAACCACUGGUGUUUGGUGGAACCUUUCCUAUUGAUGAACCAUGUACUGUGAAGGUACCUCCUGUUGCUCUGAAGCUUGACAGAGUUGCCACCCCUUCUAAUAAAGGAACCAUUCAAGAAUAUACAAGCUUGUUCCGGCCAGUAGGCAUCUGUGGUGAACGUCAUAAGAAGACAACUUUUCCUGUAGAUGCACCUUGCUGCUCGCAGCCUAAUUUGUGUUCUGAACAUGCUGACUACUGGAGUGACAAAAACUUGUCUUCAAGCGACAUUGCUGAAAAACAAGAGUGUCUAGGAGAAACAUCAGUGAAGAAGAAAGUUUUAAGGAAGACCAUAUCAGUGGACUAUGGACAGUGUCCAGACAAGCAACAGUCAAGCUUCCUUCGUUGUCGUAAACCUGAAAGACAAGAAAGAAAAAGUGAAGCAUGUUCCAGGAAGAGUUACACCGUUCCUCAAAACCACGGCUGGAAUUAUGGAGCUCCCCCAUUGAGUAAACAGUCCUCUACUCGUGAACGGCAAGAUAGCACCAGCAGUUUUGGUAGAGAACGAAGAGACAGUUCUUUGAGCUCUGGAAGCAACCCCAACACGUUAUAUAAGACAACCCCGCAGCAGCCCUUGAGCACUUCUCAAAGUUCAUAUGCCAGUGAAAACACAAAAAAGAUAGAAAAGAAAGAGGAAAAAAACAAGCCACAAGCUGGUCGAAGUUGGCUUGGUGGAAUAUUUAAUAUCAUUAUUCCUAAAGGGCCAAAGAAGAUGAUUCUCCCAGAUGAUAAGAAUCCAAAGAUUAUCUGGGAUGAAAAGAAGAAGUGUUGGGUUGAUACUGAUGGGGAUGAUGAUGCCUCUUCAUCAAGUCAGAUGGCAGCACCUCCCACGGACUCUGAACUUUUGAAUAAAGUUCCUGAAAAACCCAAAGUUCCACCUAGUGGCCCACAGUCUGGUAUCAAUAGAUUUCAAAGACCAAAGGGAAAAGGAAUGAGACAAAAUUACGUUGACAUCCUGAACCCCAGAGAAACAAACAAACCUGUGCCAACGCCAGAUUUACUUCCUCCACCAUCUGGUCCAGCAAUGCCUAACCUUCUAAUACCAUCAGCAGUUCCAGAUCCUUCUAAUACUGGAACCUCUGAAGUUCUGACCGGACCAUCACAAGUUGGUAAUCCAAAUUCUCAGCCCAAUACUCCUGAUGUCCUUGAAACCUCCACCUCAACAAUGGAGCCACAAGGACCAUUGAUGUUUGAUCCAGCCGAGUUCACAGCAAGUAGGACAUCAUAUCAACCAGGGUCAAUAGGUCGACUAUCGCGCAGACCAUACCCUUCCUAAAGAUAAUUUAUACAUAGUUUUUGUAGUCUUUUUUUCCUUUUCCCCUUCUUCUUUUUAUGUUUCUAUUAAUGAACUUCCUGGAUCUUCAGUGAUACUCAAUUUUCCAAGAGGUGGUUUAGAUGUGUACAUCUGAUGUAUAUACUGAAUGAUCUACCUGUCUUCAGAGUGUUAUUUACAGUAUUGAUUUGUUCAGUUUUCACUAGACUUAUAAGUGGUAAUCGAGUGUGAAUCUUCUCAAGCGUGUAAAAAAAAUAAUAAUUAUGGUUCGUUCUUCGCAAAAAAUUUGGUUUUUAGCUCAUCGACCGGUUGAUCCUAAAAACCAUCAUUUGAAGAUCUACCCAACAAGAAAAUUUACCAUUAUAGUGGAAGACUUGUUUUUAUUGCUUUGAAGCAGUAUGUGGUGGGUUGACUGAGAAACACGUGUGGAGUGAAACAAAACAUUUUCCUGGUAAUCAAACAAUUAGUGUUAUUAGAAUAUUUGGUAGUUUUUAAGUUAUGAAUGGCUUAUACAGUAUGUGAUAUGAUGGGGAAUUGUAUUAGGCUAAAAUGUGAAUGAAGUUCUAUUUGGGAUUGUGUAAAGAAAAGAAAAGAAAAAUUACCCCUAAUGAUGAGUAGUCCGGAAUACUUUAAGGUGAUCGUUUUUGUGAAUAAUUUGGUUAAAAAUACUUACUUUAAUCAAUAUUGCGUUUAUAAAGAGAAUAUAUUAUCAAGCUCUGGUUUGGGGAAUGAAAAUAAAGACGUAUAUAUAUAUAUAAUUCUUUUUGUAUGUGUGUACAGCUGAAAGUGUCUUAUCAUUAGCAAGAUGUUUUUCUCCUUAUUAACGUCUCAGACAUAUGAAGCAUAGCACACAAAAAAUGUAAAAAUAAGCAAUCAUGAAACUAAUGAUAAUAUGCUAAUGUAGAAAAAUGGGUAAAUAUACAGAUUUCUACACA